UCCUUCUCUCCCGUUCUUCGUUUGUGCUUUUUCCUGUUUCUUGGAUGUGGUCGCUCGUCUUCACCGCCGCGCUUCUUCUGGCAGCCGCGGGUCGUGGCAGCGCUGACACGUGCGUGGCGACUGCCGGCUUCAAUGCGCGGAUGAGCAGCCCGAUCAGCUUCUACAAUGUGGCUCUGACGACCUGCGCCGACAGCGUCGACCCGUGCCCCGCUGGCUAUACCUCGUGCGUGUACAAGGCACACAGUCCCCACGGCAUCGAGCAGUACACACUCUACUGCACGCACUGCGUGAACAUUACCAACCCUUGCUGCGAGGGCUCGGAGCGCCGGCCGUCGGAUGAGUACAGCGGGCUCUGUCCCCUGUGCGCGCCGGUUCUCGAGUACUGCCCCGAGUUCGUCGAGAACGGUCGGAUGGACGGCACCACACUCAUUUGCGACGCAGGCUACCAGUGCAACGGGGAAAACACCAACGGCAGCAACUCUUGCAUGUACGUGCAGUGCAGGCCGAACGGGACGAUCAAUCGCUCGUGUGUUCCCCGCCGCUGAUAUCCACCAAGAGUCGGGCGCGGUUUGCCAGCUUGUUCCGCAAAGACCACAAACCCCUUUUUCGUUGUGGGGGCUUUCUACUUUGGCCGCAGUACUUGCCACUGUGUUCUUGCGUCAAGCUGUUGAAUUUCGUGUUGGA